AUGGGUUUGCUGGCUCUGGGAACGGCCCUCGAAUGGGACGAAGCCAAGCUCAAGGCCCAGCAGGUGCGGGAAUGGGGCAUCAAGCAACUUCUCGAGAUAUGGAACAAGGCUAAAUACAAGGAGCGUGAUGCCUUGUUGUGGGGUGAUGAGGUCGAAUACCUUGUCGUCACCUACUCCAAGGACGACCCUCAUGUGCGUCUGUCCCUGAGACAAGCAGAGAUCCUCGAAGCCCUGGCAGACGAUUCUGCCCUGGCCGCAAAGGGGGGCUGCGUGCCUGACCUGCAGGUUCUCACUGAUGGAAAGGCCAACGAGCCCUUGCCCGUCUUCCAUCCGGAGUUUGGUAGGUUCAUGCUGGAGGCGACACCGGGCAAGCCGUGGGGCAUUGGUUUCAAAGACCUUCUGGAUGUCGAGUACAACAUGAGGCUGAGGAGGGUCAUUGCAAAGGACCACAUGCGUGCUGACGAGUGGCCCAUCACUCUCACCACCUUCCCACGCCUAGGAUCGCCUGGCGAGUUCACCGAACCUCACUACCCCGUCUCCGGACCCCGGCUGCGCUCACAGUUUGUCCCCGACGAGAUCGCCAACCCGCACAUCCGCUUCCCCACACUGGCCGCAAACAUCCGCUCUCGCCGCGGCCGCAAGGUACAAGUGAACGUACCGGUCUUCCGUGACGAGAAGACGGCGUGGCCCUGGAAGGACCCGACUGUCAACUACGACCUGCACAACUGGCCCGAGGACGACGACGUGCGCAACGGGGCUGCUCCCGACAACUUCAUCCACAUGGACGCCAUGGCGUUCGGCAUGGGCAGCUGCUGCCUGCAGAUCACCUUCCAGGCCAAGAACAUCACCGAGGGCCGGCAGAUGUACGACCAGCUGAGCCCCCUGGGCCCGAUCCUGCUGGCGCUGACGGCGGCGACGCCCGUGUACAAGGGCUUCCUGGCCGACACCGACGUGCGGUGGAACCAGAUCAGCAACGCGGUGGACGACCGGACGGCAGAGGAGAUGGGCGAGAAGCCCCUGAAAAACGACAGGUGGAGGAUCCCCAAGUCGCGGUACGCCUCCAACUCGACGUACAUCUCGACGGACCCGCGCCUGCGGCCAGAGUACAUGGACCCGGACCUGGUCAUCGACGAGGACAUCAAGGCCAAGCUGCUCGAGGGCGGCAUGGACGACCGGCUCGCGACGCACUUUGGGCACCUCUUCAUCCGCGACCCCAUCGUCGUCUUCGCCGAGGACCUCGAGGAGCUCGACCUGGCCAAGGCGGACCACUUUGAGAACCUGCAGUCGACCAACUGGCAGCACAUGCGCUUCAAGCCGCCGCCGCCCGACAACAACAUCGGCUGGCGCGUCGAGUUCCGCUCCAUGGAGAUCCAGGUCACCGACUUUGAGAACGCCGCCUUCGCCGUCUUCCUCGUGCUCGUCACCCGCGCCGUCCUCUCCUUCGACCUCAACUUCUACAUCCCCAUCGCCCGCGUCGACGACAACAUGCAGACGGCCCACGCCCGCGACGCCGUGCUCGACCGCCGCUUCUACUUCCGCCGCAACCCCUUCCCCCAGCGCGUCGCCCGCAGCAUGACCUCGGGCACAAACACCCCCGCCGUCAGCCGCCCGCCCACCCCGACCGGCCCCGUCGAGGACGAGUACCGGCUCAUGACCAUCGACGAGAUCAUGAACGGCACGAGCAGCUGCCGCCGCCGCCGCCGCCAGCGCAACGGCGAGGCCGGGGCCGAGGCCGAGGCCGAGGACGACGACGACGACGACUUCGAGGGCGACUACUUCCCGGGCCUGAUCCCGCUCGUGGAGAGCUACCUCGACUCGAUGAACGUCGACGUCGCGACGCGCUGCGAGCUGGCGACGUACCUGGACCUCAUCCGCAAGCGGGCCUCGGGCGAGCUGUGGACGGCGGCCAAGUGGAUCCGCGAGUUCGUCGCGCAGCACCCGGCCUACGGGCACGACAGCGCCGUCUCGGAGGAGAUCACCAAGGACCUCAUCGGCGCCGUGGUCGAGAUCGGGCAGAAGGAGUGCUCGGCCGAGGGGUGGAAGGGGCUCGACGUGCCCGGGCUGGACAGGAUGCUGGGCAAGUUCCGGGCGCGGUGCAGGAAGUGA